AUGGUGUCAACCGCCAUCGAUCCUGGUGGCUCCGGCUAUCCAUUCACCUUCAGGGAGUUCAUUGGGAGUCGUGAGCAGCAGUGCUGUAAAACGUUUUCGACGACGUUCGGAUCCAGAAGCAGAGAAAGCCUAGCUAAUAAUCCAUACUCUGGUGAUGCAACCAAAUUUGGCAGGAAUGACUCUUCGUCCCUGGCUCCCCCAACCAGCCUAUCUAUAGCCAGCGUGGAGUCGCAUCCCCAACAGACCCAGAGCAGGAACUCAAGGACAGGGUCAGAACCAGGGUCAGCAGACACAGAACCACCUGGCUAUGGAUACGCCGGUCUGCCCUACUAUGGUGGCAUGCCUGGCGUUCCUUCAGCAUUCCAGUAUGGCCCCACAGUGUUUGUGCCUCCAACUUCUGCCAAGCAGCCUGCAAUGGGCCUGGCCAACCCCUCCAGCCAGUUCCACCAACAGCAUCAGCCAAGUUACGGGCAGCAUGCCUACGGCGCAGCUUUUGAUGACCUGUCUCAAGUUCACGGUGGGGAAUACAGUAAGGCAGAAUACGGAGGCUCUGCCCAAUUACAGGCCAAAUCAGCAGGCAGCGGCCCAGGGAAAGGAUUAUCCGGAUCGGAAACGGGAGGUGGAGUUCCUGACAUGGGAGGUUCCAUAUACAGCAAAACACAGUCGUUUGACAAGCAAGGCUUCCACACAGGGACACCGCCUCCCUUCAGUCUGCCUUCAGCCCUCGAAGGAACAGGCCUCAUGAACCAUGGUGGAGCUCCUGGCUAUGCUCCUGCUCCCUUUCUGCACAUCCUGCCUCCACACCAACAACCCCACUCCCAGAUGCUGCACCAUCAUCUAACGCAAGACGGACAGGGUGGUCCUGGUCAGCGGAAUCAGUCCAGCAGUAUGCAGCAGAAAGCCCAAGGCAGCAAGUCCAGCUACGGCAGCUCUCCCUUCUGGGCAAACUGAGGAAUGCUACCCAUUCCCUUCUCCCCCAAAAGGCUGUGUGGUUGCAUGAGAGCGUGUGUGUAACGUUAAAAUAAA